AUGGCAGGCGGCGUCAUACUCGAGAACUUGAGCGGAAAAAAGCUGUUCGUGCUCGUAUCAUCGUUGCUCUUUUGCCAGCUCGCGUGUUUCCUGAUCGGCGGACUCGUAGCUCCGACACCGUCCGCCACCGAUAUGGUGUUGGCCACAAAGUGUUUGUACAACGACAGCAAUCCUUGGUCGUACAUCAGGGGUGAUGGAAAAUGCUUCUCAUACCAGUCAGACAUAUACAAAGAUAGCCCUGUCGCCAACACGAUGGCCAAUGACAUUGUAUUCACUUUUCAGAUACCUACUCCACGCGAUGGUCAGACAUUGGAUUAUUCUCGAUGGCAACAGUAUCUCAUAGGAGUCCUCAAUUUUGACAUUGAGUAUCAUAUUGACACUAAAAUGGAUCGUAAUCUUGAGUUAACGCUAGAUACCAAACUUGGCUAUCGUAAUGUGGGCGACAAGGAUGGAGAUUGGAAAUUAUUUGCUACUUCUGUUGAGAAGCGUAAUCUUGAUUGUAUUUCAGAAGAGAAAAUAGAUGGUCAUAAUUAUCAAUGUGGAUUGGUACCACUUUUUGAACUCGGAUCAUUACAUCAUGAUUAUUAUUUAAUCAACAUAAAAAUACCAGUAGAUGAGGAAAAUGGAAUAAACUUUGGUUUAGGACAUCUAAAAGAUGUUUGGCUUGUGGUUAUUAAUCAAAAUGGCGGUUUUACCAGUGUAUGGCUUUACAUGAAGACAAUAUUUUUCCCAUUUAUUGUUGCAAUAAUGAUAUGGUUCUGGAACAGAGUUCAUAUGCUGGCCCGUAAACCAGUUUUGCUUGAACGCAUGUUGAUGACUAUCGGUUUUGCACUAACUCUUUUGAAUCUUCCUGUUGAAUUUUUGACAUUAAGUUAUGAUAUGCCAUUUAUGUUGCUUUUGCAAGAUAUAAGACAAGGUAUAUUUUAUGCCGCAUUACUUUCAUUUUGGUUGAUUUUUGCUGGUGAACAUCUUAUGAUCCAGGAUUCUCAACAAAAAAAUCUGCAGACAUAUUGGAAACAUUUAAGUGCAGUUGCUGUUGGUUGUAUUUCACUUUUUGUAUUUGACAUAUGUGAAAGAGGAGCACAAUUAAAGAAUCCUUUUUACUCCAUAUGGGCUACCAAUACUGGCACAAAUUUAGCUUUAACGUUUAUAAUAUUAGCAGCAAUAUCUGGUGGCAUGUACUUUUUAUUCUUAUCAUACAUGAUAUGGAAAGUUUUCUGUAAUAUAAGUGCUCGAAGGUCAGCAUUGCCAUCUAUGUCAAAUGCUCGGAGGUUACAUUAUGAAGGCAGUAUUUAUAGAUUUAAAUUUUUGAUGAUAGCUACACUAUUAUGUGCUGCCUUAACCGUAAUUGGAUUCAUAUUGGGACAGGCUUCAGAAGGACAUUGGAAAUGGAACGAAACUAAUAAUCUAAACUAUGCAUCAGCGUUUUUGGUUGGAGUCUAUGGAAUGUGGAAUAUUUAUAUAUUUGCACUGAUUGUUCUUUACUCUCCUUCUCAUAAGCACUGGCCAUCAGAAAUUGAUGUGAACAACAGUUCCAGUGACACAAUUGAAUUUAGCCGUCUUCCUACUGAGCCAACAGAAAUGUCAUCUCUGGCUUCAUUCUCUAGGAAAUCUGCUUUUGACUGA